CAGCAGUAUAGUACCUACCUCUACCUACGAUCCCGUAUAAUAUUAUAUUUUUUAUAUUUUAAUACAUCAGUAAUAAUCGUAACUGCAUAAUAGUAGUCGCACGACAGUAACAAUAAUAAUAAUAAUAAUAACAAAAAUAAAUAAUAAUAUUGCAUUGUAUCGCUUGACUUGAGCUGCACCACCUCGCCGACCGACAGAGAAGUAUCGUGCUUCGUUUAUUAUAAGUAUUGUUUUAUAACAUAGGUAUCUAUUCUAACAGCGUUAAUUAAUAUUGUAAAAUCAUAUAAUUCGGUAUACUUAUAACAAGUCAACAAUAAGCAUCUAUUUUAGAGGUUUUAUUGUUAUUCACACCGCGAAUAUAAGUAUCUAGCCUAUAUAGUUAUCGAGGGCACCUAUCUACAAUACAUAAUAAUAUCAUACUCACCUAUUUAAUGUAAAAAUAAAAUAAAAAUAAUUUAACAGCAAAAAUAGAUACCUAUACAUAAUACAUAUGUAUGUACAUUGCACAUGGUGACCUAGCUCGGGAAAAUAUAAUAAUAUAUUACAUAAUAUAGUCACGUGCGGCUUUCGUCUUAAUAUACCUAAUUUAUGUACCUAUACAUUGUACAAUAUUAUUGUUACUGUCGUCGAUUUAAUAUAUUACCGCGGUCUGCACACUCGUGCGAAUAAUAUUUUGUGGUCUGACAAAACAAAGUCAUAGAAAACAGUACAUUAAACAUUAUAAUAUUGUUAUACUCUACAACAGUAACUAUAUAUAGCAGUCAUGUGGCGUAUGGAAAAUGCUUAUUUAUUGUCAGCUUUCAAGACUAUAUCCUUUAUAUAUGACGUCAUAACAUAUCCUGUGUAUUUAAUAUUACAACAGCCAUGGAAUAAGAAGCAUAAGUCCAAGCAAAUAAAAUCUGAUAUUACCAAAUUUGACGAUCACACAAUUAUCAUUAAAACCUUAAGUAAACCCACAUCGAAUCAUCUUACUCUAGUCAAAGAUAAGAUAGAUACACUACAAAAAGUAUUUCAGCAUGCUGUAAAUAAAUAUGCUGAUUCAUAUUGCCUUGGAACUAGAGAUGUACUUGCUGAAGAAGACGAAGUGCAGCAAAAUGGAAGGAUUUUCAAAAAAUAUGUCAUGGGAGAUUAUAGAUGGAUGACAUUUACAGAAGUAGACAAGGCAUCUGAUGAUUUUGGAAAUGCUUUAGUAUCUCUAGGUCAAAAGCCUAAAGAUAAUAUAGCAAUAUUUGCUGAAACAAGGGCAGAAUGGAUGAUAUCUGUUCAAGCUUGUUUCAAACAAAAUAUACCUGUUGUAACAUUAUAUGCGACCCUUGGAGAAGAUGCAAUAGCACAUGGUAUAAACGAAACUGAGGUGACUAUUGUUAUUACUUCACAUGAUCUGUUACCAAAAUUUAAAAAAAUUUUACAACUCACUCCCCGAGUUAAAACUUUAAUCUACAUGGAAGAUCAAUUAGCAAAGACAAACACCAGUGGCUAUAAAGACGAAGUUGAAAUAAUAUCAUUUAAAUCUAUUUUGAAAAGGGGGUCAGAAUACACAGUUACAGAAAACCAUUUACCAAUAAAGAGUGAUAUAGCAAUUGUUAUGUACACUAGUGGAUCAACAGGCACACCUAAAGGUGUCAAUCUAUCACACACUAAUCUUAUAUCAACGCUCAAAGCUUUUACUGAUGCUAUUAAUAUAGAUUACAAGAGAGAUGUAUUUAUGGGAUAUUUGCCAUUGGCACAUGUUUUUGAAUUGCUUGGAGAACUUGCUUGUUUAUUAUGCGGAAUUAGAAUUGGAUAUUCCACACCAUUAACUAUGAUUGAUACAUCUAGUAAAAUCAAACGUGGUACAAAAGGCGAUGCAGCUGUAUUAAGACCAACCCUCAUGACUGCAGUUCCUCUCAUAUUAGAUCGUAUCUACAAAGGCAUUAAUGAAAAAGUUUCUAGUGGGACGACAUUACAAAAAACGUUAUUCAAAUUUGCAUUUGAAUAUAAAAGAAAAUGGAUGGAACGUGGAUUUCAAACUCCACUAAUUAAUAUGUUAGUAUUUAAAAAAACAACCGCAUUAUUGGGAGGUCGUAUACGUUUCAUUCUGUGUGGAGGAGCUCCUCUGUCACCAGAAACUCAUACUCUUAUCAAAAUUUGCCUAUGUGAAAACGUUCAACAAGGUUAUGGACUAACUGAGACUAGUUCAUGUGGAUCUGCAAUGAGCCGAGAUGAUAUGUCAACGGGUCGAGUAGGAGCUCCACUAACGGUUAAUGAUUUUAUGUUAGUCAGUUGGGAUGAAGGUAGCUAUAGGAUAACAGAUAAACCAUACCCAAGAGGCGAGCUUAUUAUAGGAGGAGACAACAUAUCACCUGGGUAUUAUAAAAAUCCUGAAAAAACUAAAGAAGAAUUUUUUGAAAAAGAUGGCAAGUGGUGGUUUAAAACUGGUGACAUUGGUCAGUUGGAAACCGAUGGUGCCAUUAAAAUAAUUGAUCGUAAAAAAGAUUUGGUAAAAUUGCAAGGUGGCGAAUAUGUGUCUCUUGGUAAGGUUGAAUCACAACUCAAAACCUGUCCAGUUGUUGAUAAUAUAUGUAUUUAUGGAAAUCCAUUUCAUAUGUAUACAAUCGCAUUGGUUGUUCCCAACAGACAUCACUUGAUAGAUAUGGCUAAAAAAUUGAAUAUUGAAAAUGUAAAUGAAAUUAGUAUUGAAGAGUUGUUUUCAAAUAAGAAAUUGGAGAAAGCAGUUGUUGAUGAGUUGGCUGCCCAUGGUAGAAAAAAUAAACUUGAAAGGUUUGAAAUACCUACAGCAAUUAUAAUAUGUAAUGAUGUAUGGACACCAGACAAUAAUCUAGUGACAGCUGCUUUCAAAAUCAAACGAAGAGAAAUAUAUGAUAAAUAUAAAGUUCAAAUUGAUAAUUUGUAUCAAUUUUGAUAACAUUUAUUAUUGGAAAAAAAAGGAAGACCAAAAUAACUAAAUUUUAUAUUACUCUUAGAGUAUAUUUAUUUUACCAAAAGCAAUUAAUUAAUUUUAUAUUAAUAGUAUUUUAGGAUGUAUACAUUAAUAAAUAUGUUGUUAUUAAUUCUUGCAAAUUUAA